AUGGCUCCCAUGCUCAAGCGUAUUGUGGAGGACGAGCCGAAGAAGGCAGCAUACGUGACCUUCCUCGCCGGCGCCGGCGACUACUGGAAGGGCGUGGUGGGUCUUGCCAAGGGCCUUCACGCCUUUAACACCGUCAAGUCGGCUUACCCGCUCGUGCUGGCCGUACUCCCCGACGUCCCGGGGGAUCACCGCAAGAAGCUGCUUGACCGGGGCUGCCUCGUCCGGGAGAUCGUGCCCGUGUACCCGCCGGAGAGCCACACCCAGUUCUCCAUGGCCUGCUACGUCAUCAUCUACUCCAAGCUCCGAAUCUGGGAGUUCGUGGAGUACGAGAGGAUGGUGUACCUGGACGCGGACAUCCAGGUGUACGACAACAUCGACCACCUGUUCGACCUUGAGAAGGGCCGCUUCUACGCCGUCAAGGACUGCUUCUGCGAGAAGACGUGGAGCCACACGCCGCAGUACGAGAUCGGCUACUGCCAGCAGUGCCCGGACAGGGUGGCCUGGCUGGAGCCCGACCUCGGCAUGCCCCCGCCGCCGCUCUACUUCAACGCCGGCAUGUUCAUACACGAGCCCAGCAUGGCCACCGCCAAGGCCCUACUCGACAAGCUCGUCGCCACCUAUCUCACCCUCUUUGCCGAGCAGGACUUUCUCAACAUGUUCUUCAGGGACGUGUACUGGCCCAUGCUGCGGAGGCACCCCGAGAACAUCCAGCUCCAGAAGGUCAAGGUCGUCCACUACUGCGCAGCGGGAUCGAAGCCGUGGAGGUACACUGGCGAGGAGGCCAACAUGGAUAGGGAGGACAUCAAGAUGCUUGUGAAGAAAUGGUGGGCUAUCUACAACGACAAGAGCCUGAACUACAAGCCUCCCGCUAACCAGGCCAACGAUCCGCUCUGUGCUGCCCUCGCCUCAUCAGUCGACUCAGUGUAG